AUGGCGGCCGGAGGCAGCGACCCUCGCGCCGGGGAUGUGGAGGAGGACGCCUCGCAGCUCGUCUUCCCCAAAGAGUUUGAAACAGCAGAAACUCUUUUAAAUUCCGAAGUCCACAUGCUUCUACAGCAUCGAAAGCAACAGAAUGAAAGGGCAGAAGAUGAACAAGAACUUUCAGAGGUGUUCAUGAAAACUUUAAAUUACACUGCCCGUUUUAGUCGUUUUAAAAACAGGGAAACCAUUGCUAGUGUUUGGAGUUUGUUACUCCAGAAAAAGCUCCAUAAAUUUGAAUUGGCCUGUUUAGCAAACCUUUGUCCUGAAACAGCAGAAGAGGCUAAGGCUCUGAUUCCAAGCCUGGAAGGUCGAUUUGAAGAUGAAGAAUUGCAACAGAUUCUUGAUGAUAUCCAGACCAUGCGGAGCUUCCAGUAUUAAUACCAGGGACCCAGCCCUUCAGUGAAGACAGAAGAGGAAAUUUCCCAAAAUUCCUCUGCAACUGAGACUCCCUCCAGAGACCAUACAGAAAUUUCAUCACAAAAGUUGGACAAGCCUUCUCUGGACAAGGCAAUGCGGAGUAGUUUUGCAUCAACAAAUAAUUCAAACUUAUGACCAGUUAUGAUUCUGAUUGACUCUGAAUAUUUGAGACGUGACAAAGGCCAGGAAUGCCAUUGAAUCUUAAAGGGACUUUGGGCUGAUUUCCUUUAAUGAAAGGUCUUCAAGCAAGGUAGUGGACCAGUACCCAGAUGCUUGCGUCAUCCUCUCCAUCCUUUCAAGGGAAAUGUUAAGUGGAAAGAAUGUGGUGAGAGAAUUUAGCCAAUUUAGCAUGUUAUUGACUACCUCAUAUCACUGGAUUUGGCACUUCAUUUAUAUUCACAUUUCUGGUUUGAAUUUCAAGCUGUUAUGAAAUAUUAUUGACCCAAAUUAGAAUAUGUAAAAAUAGCUUGAUUAAAAAGAAAGUUGUGUCUCAUAAAUGAUGGAAGGAAAAAUAAAAAUGAACCUAU